UCCGUGGUGAGCGCACGCAUCCCUUCGACGAAUUUAUCCGAUCACACCCCCUGAAAUACAAACUUGUAUCGUGUUUUUAGACUUGUGAAUCAGUGUUCUGACAUUGUGACAUUUUGCUUAGGUUACCAAGGAAGGAUUCUUUACAAUAAUUCAUAAAAUGCAAACCAGGAAACGUCAGAAAAAAAGAAGAGCAAAGCAAAACUGUGUAGUGCGAUGGACGUGCCAUACAAAAAUGUAAUCUAAUCGUUGAGAAAUAACGUUAAACAUGGCAUUUUCCUUUUGUCCAGCAAUGGGCAGAGUUUCUAACAGAGAUUUAUUAGUGGUGGUUCUAUUCUUGUUCCGGACAAUAGUUUGUGACAGUCUCUGUCCAAAGUUUGCGGAGAAGCCACUUGAGACCAGAGUUCAAGAUGCAUCAAUAGUUUUUAGGGCCGUGGUUGUACAAACACAUUAUCAGAGUAAAACACUAGAUUUGGCGCUAGUGUCGAUAUACAGAGGAGGUGUGGAAUUAGCGUCAAUAAGUCAAUAUUCCGGUUCACCGUACAACACUACCGACAGGCAGGUGAAUUUAAAAAUAAGUCCUCAACUUGGGGACUGCUUCAACUGGAGUAUGGCGCCAUCUCAAAGUGAGCUGGUGGUAUUUUCAAGGGUCAGUGAUCCAGCCGUGGAUUUGGAGACGACUCCAGCUGACGGGCCAUGGCUGGAAGCUACUGCUGCUGCAGUACCCUGGAGUCUAGGAGUAGACAUUGCCAUUUGGAAUGCCGUCGGUUGGGCAGGGUGGGGGGAGUGGGGAGCGUGCAGUAGAUCCUGUGGAGGUGGGAGGCAAACGAGACGAAGAUAUUGUUCCAGACCAAGCUGCGAGGGUUACGGAGAUCAGGGACGAUCCUGUAACUCUUUCGAUUGUAAAGGAGCAAUAAACCCUUUAGCACCGGGUGCAAGACGGAAUUUCCAUCCUGCUCAGGCCCGGUGGGGCCCUGUGGAUGAUCGCCCACAUGCCUUCAGUCUGCGACCCAACUCUUACAUUUGGAUCGCGUCUUCGGAGCUCUUUGCUGCUGGGAAGACCUUCCCCAGAGAAUUCACAUUAUUUGUAUCACUAAGAUUGAGACCUGAGAGCGGAGGCUACGGCCAGGGGACGUUGUUCUCUCUAAGGUCCCGCCGCCGGACGGGCUCGUUCCUUUCCCUGGAGCUGGCUGGUCGGGGCGCUGCAAGGCUUGUGCAUGCAGGCUCGGGGUCUUCAAGAUCCAUAUAUUUGGCAGUACCGUUGUAUGACUUUCGUUGGCACCAUAUUGCUAUUAGUGUUCACGAUGACAACACAGUACGUGCGUACGUCGAUUGCCGCUGGCUCAGAACGGACGUCUUGGAAAAAGACGCCUUGGUUACACCGAGGGACGCUGAUCUCAUUAUAGGCUAUCUCUUCUCGGGCGAUCUGGAACAGUUGGUGCUGGUGCCAAAAGCUGGACAAGCGCAAAAGCAGUGCUCGAGCCAAGUGAAUGGAAUAUCAACCCCUUACGUUACACUGCACGACUCGUAACUGAGAACUAAAUUGAACUACACUGAAGAAAUACGGUAAUGUCCAAUAACGUGCUUGGAUACAACAUGUUUAGAUGAGGAAUUUGUGAUUUGGACUUGAUUAAUCUAAAAACAGUCAGCUACUAUGCAAAAUUUGAAUUACAUGAACUACAAUGUAAAUGAAAUGAUAAUAAUUACAAAAGAUCUCUGAAUAUAAGAAAUGAAAUUAUAUAUAUAAACUAGGACCAUCGUACGGUACUUUGUGUGUCUAUGACAGUUUAUAUCACAAUAAUGUAUUAUGUUGAAUUAGUAACAUCUGUAGAUAGUAAAUUUGAGAAUAUACUUGGUAAAAACAUAUUUACUUUUGAAGUAAACAUUGAAUCUGUUUUAUGGGUAAUAAGAGGAUUUUAAAUAUGUACAGAUUAUUUCUUGGGUGUGAAUAAAAACAAACAUAGCAGACAAGUAAAAAUGUAUUAUGAAUAACAGUGAAUACGAUAUAAAUUUGCUAUAUGAAAUGUAGGUUUUGGUUCUACAAAUGAGUGCUACUAAACUACAGCAUAUAAUUGAUUCAACCAUAAAAUAUAUCGCAUAAUUAUUUAGUAACUAUAAAUUUUCCAAUUAACUACAUUUUCCUUUAUCAGUAGCCUACUUUUAUCUGAAUAUUAUGAAUUUUAUUCAUAAUCUCAGAUAUUAAAAAAUUGGAGAUAACGUACAUAAUAUUAUUUCUUAAGCUAAAAUUCGAUAAAGGAGAAACUUAAUUUACGAGAAUGUUUCAUUAAAUGAAAUGAGAAUGUUUGCCUAAAUACAGACACUUAUUAAAAAUUUGCUGCUUAAGAUUAGUUGAUUUAAUUGUAACUUUUAUCUUAAUAAAAGAGAAAACUACGAUUUGAGAGUAAAUGAAGAAAUUUUAAUACAAUUUCUCAUGCAUUACUGAUCAAACUGAGAUGAAAAGUAAUAAACAAGCAAAAUUUGUAACUUCUAGUUGCUGACGAUAAGACAAAAUCUCCGUAGAAACUGAUACCGUAACAGUGUUUUAAAACAACAUUACUGAUAACAACUUCACACGUUUUAUGAGCGAGAUAUUUACUGUGAAUUUCGAGACUUCAAAAAGAUAUAAGUACGUAAAUAUCCCCUUUACAAAAUAGAUAAAAUCAAUACGUGUUCGCUAAAUGAAAGGCGGCUACGUUUUACGGUUGAGUCAAUUACGUGUUUUAGUUCAAAUGUGACUCGUUCCACUUAAAAAGAUUGCUUCAUAAAUCUAAGUUAACACUACUUACGACAUCUGAUAAAUGUAAUACAAUAAAUUUAAGUACUUAUGUAUAACAGAAUAGAAUGGGAAAUAGUUUUUCUUACAAUUUAGCCGGUCUAAUGUAAAUAUUAGUCUCUUAAAUGUAAGUUUCAGUAAAAUUAUAUACCUAAUGUAUUUAAAUAUUCAGUCGACUUUGUUUCAGUGAUAUGUUUCAGGUAUUUUGUGUUUAUAUUACAUGCGACCUUUUUUGUUGCAUUUUAAGGAAAACUAGUUUAUUAAUUAAAAUGUAAAAUGCCUAAUAAACAAUUUUAACUAUUAGUAUGUUUCAACAGUAACAUUAGCUUAAAAUAAAAUACCAAAACAUCACAAUAGUUAAAGGAGAUUUAUCAGGCAGAAAAUGUUUGUAAGUAUAAAUUAUCGGUUUUAUUUAUCUUCUAUCAUUUGUGUAAGAUGUUUCAAAAGAAACUGUUACUUAUGAUUCCCUUGAAUAUAUGAUUAAAGAAGGUUACUAAUA